AGGUAUGAUUCAAUUUAAUUGUCAUUUAUUUGAAGUAAAUUAUUGUAUUUGUACAUUUAUGUCUUUAAUAUCAUUUUAUUUUGGUGCCACUCGAUAGUGCCACUGUACCACAUUUUGACACACUUUUGUCAAGCUGAAGACAAACACAUGACAGUAUUUACAUGGUUAAAGUACUUGGAUUGUACUGUACCCAUUACAUAACAUUCUAUGGCAAUGAUGUCACAGUACUUCAGUAUUUAAACCCCCAGGGGGGUAAAUUCAUGUCAUUUAUGGAUUCUUCUGAAAUGCUACAUGCAGUAACCAGCACCCCCAUUUCCAAUUAUUUGAUUUUCUGCACUCAAGUGCAUUUUUUUAAAGAAAACUGCAAUUUCCAAAUGGUAAAAGGUGUCACUUUUCACAACAAGCCUCCACUACUAUCCACCAGUGGAAGUUAUAGGCGGAGUUGUGAGAAGUGGCAGCAAGGAGAGGGAACACUUAACUGUUUUUAAAACUUUUUUUUUUCCAAUUCUUUCUUCAGCCUGAUUCAAGAUGGAGAAGCAGCUCCCUGAAGCAGAGGCCAACCAUCAAGAUGAUCAUGACAGCACCUCUGAGCCUGCAGCAAGAGCUGGUUGGAACAGUAAAAUCGAGUACUUUUUGGCACAGGUGGGAUUCAGCGUCGGGCUUGGCAACGUCUGGAGGUUUCCGUAUUAUUGCCAUCAGAACGGGGGCGGGUCGUUUUUGUUGCUGUAUGUGGUGUUGAUGCUGGCCGUGGGCACUCCCUUGUUCUUUCUGGAGCUGGCAGCCGGUCAGGCUAUCCGACAGGGAAGCAUCGGAGUGUGGAAGUACAUCUCUCCCAGGCUUGUAGGAAUCGGCUACUCCAGCUGUGUGGUGUGCUUCUUUGUGGCACUCUAUUACAACGUCAUCCUCGCAUGGAGCCUCUUCUAUCUUGGCAACUCUUUUCAGAGCCCUUUACCUUGGACAACGUGUCCGGAGCAGGGGAAUAAUGUGACAGUUAAGGAAUGUGAAGCGAGCUCCCCUACGUCGUAUUUUUGGUACCGUAAAGCAUUGGAUAUCACCGACUCCAUCAACGAGACGGGCAGUUUCAACCCAUAUAUCAUUGGAUGUCUUCUGGCGGCGUGGACCAUUGUGUGCCUGGGAAUGAUCAGGGGCAUCAAAAGCUCAGUCAAGGUGAUGUAUUUUUCUUCCAUCUUUCCCUACCUGGUGCUUUUCUGCUUCCUUGUGCAAGGAUUUCUACUUGACGGUGCCUUGGAAGGUGUCACUCACAUGUUCUAUCCCAAGCUGGAGAUCUGGGCAGACAUUCAGGUGUGGCGGCAGGCAGCCACGCAGGUCUUCUUUGCUCUGGGCCUGGGCUUUGGGUCCAUUAUCGCUUACUCCUCCUACAAUCCCAAGAACAACAACUGCCACCGUGAUGCUUUCACUGUCUCCUUCAUAAACUUCCUCACAUCGGUGCUGGCGACGCUGGUGGUGUUUGCUGUGCUCGGCUUUCGUGCAGCUUCGGAAUGUAUAGCGAGCAACAUGAAGUUGCUGUCUGAGCAGAUCCAAAUCGGUUCUGUGGACUUCAACAUGAUCCCAACAUUCGACUACACUCAGCCCCGCUCUGUUAAACUCGAAGACUACAGGAGCUGGUUCAAACAAAAUGGAAGCCAUAUCCCUGCCAAUUUAACUGAGUGCAACCUAGAAAAGGAGAUGCAGAAGGGUGUGGAGGGAACUGGCCUCGCUUUUAUCGCCUUCACAGAGGCCAUUUCUUUGUUGCCUGGCAGUCCUUUCUGGUCAGCCCUCUUCUUCCUCAUGCUGCUCAACCUCGGCCUCAGCACCAUGUUUGGCACGAUGGAAGGCAUCCUCGCCCCGCUCACCGACCGCUUCAAGACUCUGGCAAACAACAAGACUAAACUCACAAUUUUUAGCUGCGUCAUCGGGUUUCUGAUUGGCCUUCUCUUCACUCAACGCUGCGGCAACUACUUUGUUAUGAUGUUUGACGAUUACUCAGCCACCUUGCCUCUCAUCAUCGUGGUGGUGUUUGAGACCUUCAGUGUGUCUUGGCUGUAUGGAGCCGACAGAUUCCUGGAUGACAUCGAGGCAAUGCUAGGCUGGCGCCCUAAUGUCAUCUACAAGUACCUGUGGAAGUAUAUUUGUCUGUUGGCCAUGUUGGGACUCCUCGUGGCCACCAGCAUUCGCAUGUGCAUGGAAGCACCAACUUACCUCGCGUGGACAGAAGAAACGGCUUCUGAGACCAGGGUACCAUACCCGGGGUGGGCUCUGGCUGUUUUAGCUUUGCUCAUCAUAUUUGCCAUGUUGCCCGUCCCUCUGGGCUUGAUCUACACUCUUCUCCAGGACAGAAUGAGGAGACUGUCUGACGAUGAUAAGCCUGGUCAGUACAGUAUCGUUAACACUGAGGGCAAGUGUGAAACCCCGAUGACUGACACGUCAGAACUGAGCCACUGCAACGCAGAUGGAGAUUCUUGCCAAUGAUGAACUUCUCAAUCAUUUUUUUUCUACAUUUCUUGUUUUAAAAAGAAAAAGUAAUUUCAAAAGCCAAUGAAGCAAUAUUCUAAAUUGAAUCUAUUUACAUUUUGUCAUUAUGAUGCACAGCAUUUACGGUAUGGCAGUCAAUUGAUUGUAAAUACACUAGAUCAGGUGUUUUCAAGGUGCGGCACAGUGAGCCUAUUCUGGAUCAUAUAGUAUUUUAUGUUGGAACUAAAAUCAAUUCAUUUUGCCUAUAAACAUAACUGAAGUUACCGUUUGUAAAAAAACAAAAACAAAACAAAACCUUUUUCCUCAUUUUUCUCAAGCUGCUGCACCUGGAAUAGGGGGUCAUUGCCAUAGUUUUAUAUCUUUGUUUUUGUGUCGCUGCAAUAUUCUGUUAUGUUGAUAAACAUGGUUGCUUCUGUUUUUAAGAUCUUAUUUCAAUUUCUGGUCUUUACCGGGUUUUUUAAAUGAGACUGUUUAUGUCAUGUACAGUUAGAAAAACAAAGUUUGUAUACCGUCUGUAAAAAUGUUUUGUCAAGGAAAAGUAAUUUAAUUGCCCUGUGUAAUGUUUUUUUUUUUUUUUGUAAAUCAAAUUUCUUUUUAUUAAAACCUAAUUUCAGCACAUUUUUUGUAAAAACUUGAAUAUACUUCUAUACUUCUGUCGUGUUUCUUUUGGCAAAUGUCCUCGCCCUUUUUAGUGCUUUUGUUUUUUGUGUCUGUGUGUGCAUCACUCUUCAAGGUCGUCCUCCAUCUUUUCAGUGCUUUGCACACCUGUUUUGCAUUUCCACUUUUUUUCAAUGGUUAAAUAUCUGAUACUCGUAAACAGUUUGUAUCCCCUUAAGAUUGUGCACACUGAAAGUGGAAGCCAGGGAGUGGUGCAUUAUUUUUAAUACUGUAUUAGCAUAAAACCUUUAGGGUGCGUGAUGAACAGAAAGCGAUGUGUUGUUCAACCGCUAAACUUGCAUAGAUGUCCUUUUCUUUCCUCUCAUAUGGUUCUAGAGCGUAUGGAAGUAGAGUGACAUGCAGAGUCCCUUGUGGAAAGACUGCGUUUGGGGAGCUCGGUUGUCUUGGAUGCACGUUGUCUUGUGAAGAAGAAGAAUACGGAGGCAGACAAGACUGGGAACGACACCUGCUUCUACUUCAGUGCACUUGUGGUUAUACCCUCAUGACGGACCGGUUUGCACUCUUCCUGAUGCUUCUCUUUCCGCUGAGCAGCUCCCAGAUCUCGCUGCACUCAAAGCGGGACAUCUACACCCAUCAGGACCCGGCAGUAAUCCCUGCUUCGGUUCGACUGAGAAACCAGGACAGCAGCCAUCUAAAUGCAAAACAUGCCCGUGCAGACCAAGACCAUGCCAAGGUGGGCAUUUUUAUUGCUGCCGCCGGUGUGAUGUGCGCCCUGAUGGCUGCUGUGUAUUGUAUCUACAACAACUUCUACAACAAGCAACCUUACCUGCACACCCAGCUUGACGACGGCACAGAGCCAAUGGGCCAUCCAUCAGUGCUUUUCCAAGCUUCCAGUGCGGUGGAUGUGCAAAGAGCAAGCUUCGGUUCCCUUUCAGACACGCCAUCCAGUAUCUCUGUCGCACCCUGCCUCUCCCCUCCUCCUUCCGCCAUGCCCUUUCCUCCCCUCUUUGCUUCCUCCUCCUCUUUCUCUUCCUCACGCUCCCUGAGGACCAUAUCAGCAAAAGACCUGCAGAGGAGUUUUAUCUGAAUGGAAAGUAUACAGUAGCUGUUCUUUCAGUGUCUACAUACCUUUUUCACAUUUUAGGCAACUUAUACGAUUCAUCAUAACAUUUUCAGAAACUAGUAAUAUAUUUUUAAACUCAUAACAGAUCCUGGGGAAGUAGAUAUCUACUAUAUUAUUGAUGUUUGGGAUACUGUCUGCAGGCCUUUAAAUGGUUCCUUUCCAAAAAUUGUGAUUCAUUCUUGAAGUAGUACAGUCAGUAGACGUACAGUCAUCCCUCGUAGUUCUAUAUUUAUAUAUAAAUAUCAUAUAAUCAUAUAAUAUAAAUCUAUAUAAAUGAAUUAUCGUGAAGUAGGAUUUCCUAUUUGUACAUUAGAGCCCUCAAGACAUGAUGUAACACCCCUAUAGUCAGUUAUAUUAUCCAAUAUAGUUGAAAUCGUAGAAAAUGAGACACCUUUGUGGCUUGGUGGGUGGUGUACUACUAUUUAAUCCUGUAUACUACGGCUUUGGUGCAGUGAACCUUCACACACGAGCUGCUGUCAGCCACAACUCACGCCAGUCACUGGCACUCUCCACACUGCUAACCAAGUAGCUGAUGUCACACCCCCACACCUCUUAAAGCCGCACAUAAUAUCGCAGAUAUUACACUACAUAAAACAUGGUCUUCUGAAUACCUAAUAGUUGUAUUUUUGUUCCCUUAGCCACUUUUAGGAUUGAAAAUUAAUUUAAUUUUCAUUUGGGCCAAGAAUAGAAACAAUUUGUUUUGAGUGAGGGUGCAAUGUUUGAACCCUGGUGUAGCAAGGGACCAUUAUAGUAUAAAAAAACAAACAAAUAUAUGAUACUUUUACAAACAUUUUCCUUAUCCUGUAUUUGUAGUGACCAUUCUUACUCGUACUCCUGACUUAUAGUUAUCAUUCAAGACGAUUCCACAUAUGAACUAUAGGCAUUUGUUAAGUGAUGUACUGUAUAUAAGCAUGUAUAAACUAAAUACAUAUAUAAAUGUCAGUGCAAACUACUCGUUUUCACUAUAUGGUCAUUAGCUGUGUUUUAUUGCAUCAAAAUAUGGUUAUUAUUGUUUGUGCAGCUCUCUUUGGAUUAGAGUGCACAGGUGUACCUAAUGUUGUGUCUGGGGAAUGUCGGUGGGGAGGGGGGCACAGACAGGACAUCAUCUGCUGGAAUGUUUUGUUCCUAAAUAAGGUCAAGAGAAAACACAAUAGCGCAGUAACUUUGCCCAGGAUAAUACUGUAAGAGACACUAAAAAGAAAAGCGCAUUAGACAACAUGUUGAGGUCGCAAUUUAGUUAAAGGGGACCUGUUAUGCUCAUUUACUGCCCUUUGUAUUGAGUUGUGGACUCCCAUAGAGCAGCUACACACAAUAACCAGCACAGAAAGCUUUCUAGACCUUCCAGAAUCUGCACCUAUUCCAGCUGUAUUUCCUUGGGUUUCCAAAACGGUCUUUUUAAAUUUAUUCCACCCAUGACCCGCCUCUGGUCACGCCCACUCACCGUGAUUGGUUCCACUCAGCUUGUACCAAAGCGCUCCCAUAUAAGGGCUCAACAUUCAUUCAUUCAUUUUUGACAAGGGUCGCGGGGGAUGCUGGAGCCUAUCCCAGAAGUCUUCGGGUGAGAGGCGGGGUACACCCUGGACUGGUGGCCAGCCAAUCCCAGGGCACAUAUAGACAAACAACCAUUCACACUCACAUUCAUACCUAUGGACAAUU